AUGAAGCCAUUUUUAAAGCAGGCUUUUGUGGUGAGCGGUGCAGCGCUGAAUAUAGCAGGCCAUGGCUGCGCUCAUGGGUAUCCUGCAGUGCUGUUCGCCCAAAUCAAUAGAGACGGAGGACCUGUCAAGCUGACUGAUCAUGACACUUCCUGGAUAGCGUCUGUGGUCGGCGCGAUGGGCAUCGUCGGGAACUUCAUAUCUCCAGUGCUAAUGACCAAGUUUGGACGUCAAAGAGCUCAUCUCAUCUCAACUUUGCCAGCAUUGCUUGGCUGGAUAGUAUUCAUCUUCGGAAACUCCGUCCCUCUAUUCAUUGUGGCAAGACUUUUACAUGGAUUAGCAUUAGGCCUUCGAACUCCUCUAGCAGCAAUUUUAGUAGCUGAAUACACGGAUCCAAAAUAUAGAGGAGCAUUUUUAGGGACCUUUGCUAUCUCUUUAGGGUUAGGAAUAUUUUUAUCUCAUUUGUGGGGAGCCCAUUUGACGUGGAAGAUGACUGCGGCAGUUUGUGCACUCUUCCCUCUGAUCGCUAUGGCAAUAAUCAGCUUUUCACCAGAAUCCCCAAGCUGGUUGGUGUCCAAAAAGAAAUAUGAGGACGCAAGGAAGGCUUUCAAAUGGGUACGAGGCACAGGACCAGAAGAACAAGAAGAAUUACGAGCAAUGAUUGAUGCUCAAGAGUUAGACACCGCAGAAGAACGAAGAGAUAGAGUCGAAACGCAUGCUUGCAAUAAUAUGUUUAAGAAAGUUUUCGAAGCUAUAAGCGAAAUUUUAAAAAUAUUGAAGAGAAAAGAGUUUUAUAAACCAGCUAUUAUAGCCAUAAGUAUGUUGAUUGUGUUCGAGUUUGGUGGAGCACAUAUGUUCGCUGCUUAUGGAAAUAUAAUACUCCAAGUAGUUCUAGAUAAAGACGACCCUACGGACGUCGCAUGGCAGUUUACUGUGAUAGACCUAUUGAGAACUGUAUGUGCCUUUUUAGCUAUAUUCUUGUUGAAGUCUUUUAAGAGACGGACGAUUUUAUUUACAAGUGGUGUGAUGACUGUUUUCUCAAUGUCAGCGAUAUCUGUGUUUAUAUAUUUGAGAAGAUCCGGAAUAUUCACUGCACCGUGGUUGCUAGAUAUUGUACCAAUGUCUUUGAUGAUUUUGUACACUUUAUCGUUCUGUUUAGGUUUAGCGGCACUAAACUGGGUGAUAUGUGGUGAAGUGUUUCCUUUAGCAUAUAGAAGUUUAGGUUCAACGUUUUCUACUUCAUUUCUGACUCCGUCUUUUGUGGUGUCAAUGAAAACUGCCCCACAUUUGUAUGCCUCAAUUGGGGUUGAAGGUGCCUACUUAGUUUACUCAGCUAUUUUGACAGUAUUUCUAAGCAUUAUGUAUAUUAUGUUGCCUGAGACUAAAGAUAGGACUUUGCAAGAUAUAGAAGAUACUUUUAAGGGUAAGAACAGGAAGAAGAAAAACGAUCCUGAAGCUCAAAUGAAGCUAAUUGUGAAAGAAAAUGCUGUAUUAGUAGACUAA